ACAGAAAGCACCGGGUCGUGUGGAGAGGGGGCGGAAGAACCGGGCGUCGUGCGCCACUCGUGGCCGCGCGCUAAACGGGCUUCCUACCAUCCCUCCCUCUUCUAACUCCAAACCCCAUCCCUCCCUUAAAACAAACGAGAUCAAGCCAUCGGUCGUAGGAGACAACCCCAGAGAGAGAUCCCAAGAACAAGUUGGAGACCGAUCCAUCGUCUGGUCCGCCUGUCCAUUUCUCGUGUGUUCUUCAUCUCAAGCUGGUAUUCAUCUUUCCUGUCAGAGAUAGAAGAUGGCAGAUGGUGAAGAUAUUCAGCCUCUCGUAUGUGACAAUGGAACUGGAAUGGUUAAGGCUGGUUUUGCUGGAGAUGAUGCCCCAAGGGCUGUUUUCCCAAGCAUUGUGGGACGACCACGUCAUACUGGAGUGAUGGUAGGCAUGGGCCAGAAGGAUGCAUAUGUAGGAGAUGAGGCUCAAUCUAAACGAGGCAUUCUGACACUGAAAUAUCCGAUUGAGCAUGGCAUUGUGAGCAAUUGGGAUGACAUGGAGAAAAUUUGGCACCAUACUUUCUACAAUGAGCUUCGUGUGGCACCAGAAGAACAUCCUAUUCUUCUUACUGAAGCACCUCUUAACCCCAAGGCCAAUCGUGAGAAGAUGACUCAAAUCAUGUUUGAGACCUUCAAUGCUCCAGCUAUGUAUGUUGCAAUCCAAGCUGUUCUGUCUCUUUACGCUAGUGGUCGAACAACAGGUAUUGUGCUCGACUCUGGUGAUGGUGUCAGCCAUACAGUUCCAAUAUAUGAAGGCUAUGCACUUCCACAUGCCAUCCUUCGCCUCGACCUGGCAGGCCGUGACCUGACUGACGCUCUCAUGAAGAUCUUGACAGAGCGUGGCUACUCCUUCACCACCACGGCAGAGCGUGAAAUCGUUCGUGACAUCAAGGAAAAGCUGGCAUACAUUGCUCUUGACUAUGAACAAGAGCUGGAGAUGGCAAAGACCAGCUCAUCUGUGGAGAAGAACUAUGAGUUGCCUGAUGGGCAGGUCAUCACCAUCGGUGCCGAGCGGUUCCGCUGCCCUGAAGUGCUCUUCCAGCCAUCCAUGAUUGGGAUGGAAGCUGCAGGCAUACAUGAGACCACAUACAACUCCAUCAUGAAGUGUGAUGUGGACAUCAGAAAGGAUUUGUAUGGAAACAUUGUGCUGAGUGGAGGAUCCACCAUGUUCCCAGGCAUUGCUGAUAGGAUGAGCAAGGAGAUCACUGCACUGGCUCCAAGCAGCAUGAAGAUUAAGGUGGUUGCUCCCCCGGAAAGGAAGUACAGUGUUUGGAUUGGAGGAUCCAUUUUGGCUUCUCUUAGCACAUUCCAACAGAUGUGGAUUGCAAAGGCAGAGUAUGAUGAGUCUGGCCCUUCCAUUGUGCACAGGAAAUGCUUCUAAAUCUUCUUCUACAUGGGGAGUAGCAGAACAAUAAGAUGAUGAAACAACACAACUGACAUGAGAGAGUAGUUCAGUUUGGAAUUUUACCUGGAUGCUGUUCUUCCUCAACCAAAUAUUUGUCGGUCUCUCUCUCCUCUCUCCUUGGAUGGAUAUUAUGACUUGCUUUGCUUGAUUUUAUUUUGAUUCUGUACUCGAAGGAAGGUCAAUAAUUCUGAACCAGAUAUCAUUUUGAGUAUGUUACCUUAUUAUUUUUGUUUAAUAAUUGCAAUUGCCGGUGUUGUCUUUCA